AUGGGGUCCAGGGACCGCAGAAAGACACCGGAACCAAGAGUCUUCGGCUCCUGGCGGGGAGCGGGCCGGAACCAAGAGUCCUUGGCGUCUGAUUGGGGGGCCCGGAACCAAGAGUCCUCGGCUCCUUGGGGGGCCGGAACCCCAAGAGUCUUCAGGCCCUCGGGCACGUGGCAGUGGCCAGAGUUCCCAGGCGGUGGCCAGUGGUUGCCUCUGAGACGCUGGCAGUGUCCUGGAAGAGGCCAUGCCUCCUUGGCUGUCAGAGUUUUAUUCGAGGAGAAAGACUCUGUAUUGUUCGUCGUCCGAGAAGAAUCUGCUGAGUAGCUCCUGAGAUAUCAUACUUGUUUUACACAAGCAGUUGAGCUCAAGGAAAGGGGAAAGAAAGGCAAAGCAGUUCAUUUUACUGAAACUGAUGGUCCAGCUUCUGACAGGUUGGCAGAGAAAAGAUUGACUGCAAGAGAAGAUAAGUCAGCUAAAGCCUUAGAGAAGAGAGGUCAGCAGGGCGUUGUUACCCUAGAUGAUGUUAAAUAUGUUGCAUUGCUUUUGCUACAAGAGACUGAGAUGCAGCGGAUCUGUUCCUUCACAACAUUUAUGAAGAAUAAGAAUCUUGACAAUUUCCUCAUGGCAUUAUUAUACUACUUAUCUCAUUUUUUGGAAAAAAUCUCACUGGAAAAGAAACCCAAAAGCUACAUGGUAACUCUUGUAGAGAAGAAAGAAAUACAAUUAGUCCUAAGGAAAUUAGAUGCAGCCCAGAAAUAUUUGGCAGAAAAGUACUGUUUGCUAGUACUGGGCCAGGGGUUGCCUGACAAGCAUCAUAUGUGUUGCGGAAAAGAGAAAAUAUCAGAUACACAAAAAGACUGGAAAUUCUUUGAGUCCUUUUUCACUUUCUGUACCUACAUAGCCUGGGUUGUCUUCAGACGUCAAUACUUCGUGGAUAUUGAGGAGGAAAUAGGGAGACUCUUUCGUACUAAUAUGUUCAAUAUUGCUCGAAGGAAGCGUGAGGAAGAAGAAUCAAAGGAAGAAAAGAAAUGCAUGACCUUUGCUCAAUUUAGGAGAAUGUUGGCAAAACGCCCAGCGAUUAAAAAAGCCAUUAAUAUGCGUUCACCAGUACUGUCAACUCUGCUGCCUUCUCCCAGAGAAAAAGCUCAGAAUAUCUUUGAGAAAAAAUAUCACCGUCUAGGAAGCAAACUUUCAGCUCAGAUCCAAAAGGACAUAGACAUCCUGGAUUCGAUAGCCAUGCCAGUGGUUGGCAUUGUGGGCGAACCUCGAUGUCUAUUCAACCCUCAUACUCUCCAACCUCUAUGA